AUGGAUAGUAGUGGAAGAGUGUUGGUGCAGCCGUUGGGGAUGAGGGCUGCUGUUGCUCCUCAGUACUCCCCAGUUCAGUCACGAGGCUCGGCAGCAGGUGCAGCCUCGAGGGCAAGUCCGGGAACAGGCUCGGCAGCAGGUUCGGGGUUGAAGGGGGGAGGGGGAGGGGGAGUCGGGCGCCCUGCGCGGACCGUGUCCGCCAUUCCGCGGAUGGAGGGGCUUGGGGGAAGCGUCCCUGGGGGGAACACCUCUGGCGCGGGGGCAUUGAAGUCCCCCACCCGUGCGGGGUUUUUCCAGCUGGCGCAGGUUGGGGAAGAGGGGGAACGGGGCGAGGGGGAGGCGGAUAAUCUGCCCAUGCUGCCACCGCCGGGGCUGCCUCAAGUCGUGCAGUGCCAGCACUGCGGGCAGCUUCUGGAGAUCCCGGCCGUGCUGCCGCCCACCAAGAAGGGCGUGCACAAGCUGCGCUGUGGGAAGUGCAUUGGCUUGGCAGCAGGUCCGAGAACAGGCUUGGGAGCAGGUUCGGCAACAGGCUCGGAUGGUCAAGGAAGGAUAGGAAGGGCUGGGAGCUUUGAGUCGCUUAGGUGCAACAGCGCUGGAAUGCUGUCACCAGUAGGCUCGGUUAGGAAUUCGUCUGAUAGUGAGUCUCCUGCUGGGACUCCCCCUGCCAAGGUUGGAAGCAAGGGAGGCGAUGCCAGAGCUACAAGCAGUAGUAGUAUGGGUAGAGUGGACUCUGGGUCGGCUCUUGUGGGUGGUGGUGGUGGGAUGGCUAGUACGGGGAAUAAGAUGGGUUCUGCUGGUGGGGGUGGUGCUGGGGCAGUGAGUGGGGAUGGAAGGUUGAUGUACUCGCGGUGUGUGGUGGUGAAUGGGGAGCCAAUCAGUGAUGGCCAUGUGGCAGCUGCGGAGGAACGCGCGGGGCCGAUCCAGCCUGGCAACUACUGGUACGACCAGGUGGCUGGUUUCUGGGGCCAAAUGGGAGGGCCCUGCCUCGGGAUGAUUCCGCCUGGCAUCGACCUUGGGCCUGCUCUUCCAAAGAACUGCUCUGGGGGAAACACCAAGGUGUAUGUGAAUGCAAGGGAGCUGCAUCGCAAGGACCUGGACAGACUCGUGAAGAGGGGGCUGCCGCUGACAGACAACAUGGCGUAUCGAGUCGAGGCGAACGGGAAUGUGUUUGACGGUCUCAGUGGGGAGUUCCUGGUCAACCUUGGGAAGCUCGCACCCUCCCUUGACAACCGAAAGCGCGGACUUGGAAUGAGGAUCCCAGACGCCACCAAAUAG